AUGAUGUCUUUCCUCCCAUACACUGUUAUUGUAUUAUUAUUAAUAUUGAUUUUCAAUUUCUUCUUUUUUCUUGUUUUUGACAGCACAAUUAUUUAUGCUCUUCUCAAAGAAACACUCAUCAAAUACAUCUCCAUUCAAUCACAGUUGCUGUUGCCGCUGUUGCUGCAGUUUGUAAAUGAAUUACUUCUCUCUCUCUCUCUCUCUCUCACUCUCUCUCUCUUCCUCUCAGUGCUUGCUAAACUUGAGAAGCACAAAGAGUCAGUCACGACAUGCCUCUAUGUUCGUUCAAAAAGACUCUGGGAGAAUGAUGAUGAUCAUGAUGAUGAUGGUGCAGGCGAAUGUCACAGCUUACUACUCAGCGGCGGCGGUGGCAAGGACAUGCCUAUACACCACUGUGGCCGUAAUCGCUUUUUCUUUUCUCUUUUCUGUCUUCUUCCUUCUUUUAUUCUGGCUUUCCCUUUUACCAAAUCAAUGGUGGGUGCCAGGCGCAGUCAAAGACAGAUGGCACUUUUAAUGCCGUAUGGGUUUUAUGCUAAUGCAGCUUGA